AUGUUUAGCCUCCUUGCAUAAGAAAAUGCAUUUUAUAACAAUGAUUUAACAGAAGAAGAUUAAAUUGAGCAUAAUAUCAUUAGAGAAUACUAUAAGGAAGCACAUGAUCAUAGCUAUAAUAGAAAAUAUUCAAGAUUUUCUUUUGGUAAGAGUAGAUCAGUCAGCCAGAAUGUGGAUCCAAAUAUGUUAAAAAAACUGAAAACAUUUCGUGAUGAUGAUCCUCUAUCUAAUUAACAGAAAUAGCAGCCAUCAUUAAGAAGAGCAAAGAGCAAAUUCCUUGGUGAUAACCCAAGCAAUGUUGAAGCUGAAUUAAAUUAUAUAUUGCCAAAACUUGAUUGGAAGCUGAUAGCAUAAACUGAGAAUCAGAUCUCUAGCAUUAAAUUGAGAACUGAGGGUGAAGCUGCCAUGAGAGAUUGGGUUUCAUAAUUAGUUGAAGAAAUUGAUAGACUUGAAUCAUUCUAUAAGGAUAGAUUAACUGAAUUAAAGAAAGAGUAUAAGAAACUUAAGUUCUAAAUGACUACAUCAACUUAAUCGAAAACCUAAUCAGAAGUCAAAUUGCAGACUAAGCGACCCUUAAACAUUACUGAAUACUAGCAAUUAAGGGAAUAAUCACUUAAUACUUACAAAAAAGAUUAAGAAGGAAAUAGUGAGACAUUGUCUCUAUUAGGAAGUUAAUAAUCCUCAGGGCAUUAAUUGAAACAUGUUGGUGUUUAAAAGUAGAACCGAGCUAAAGAUGAGCUAGAGUUAGCAACAAACUGGAGAAGAGCAUUUUAAGACAUCUAUACCAAUCUUAAAUGGCUGAAUGCAUUUACUACUAUAAAUGUAGUCGCUAUCUAGAAAGCAAUUGAUAAAUUCAUGAAAUCAUACUUUUUGAUUAAGGACAAUAUCAUAGAUAAGAAACUACUUGCUUAUUUGGAUUCUAAGGAAUUUUCAAGAAAGAAGGAUGUAAACAGACAACAGAAAAAGAUCAUAAGAUUUUUUGCAAAUUUGUUUGAAAACGGAAGUGAAAGAAGAGCUAGAUACGCAAUGGAGAAAAAGGACGUAGAAAUGAGGAGAUAAGAUUUAAUACAAAUAUCAAUAUUUUCUGGUGCCUUAGCUGUUAUAGCGAUUGUAGCAAUUUUAGUGCUAUUGAUACCUGGCGCAGAAGACCCUUGGGAAGACUGGAUUGAAAUAUUCAGCAAUCUAUUUGCUUUUAGAUUCUUACUGAUGAUUAUUGUUGUUCUGGUCUUCUCUGCUGUUGAUAUUUAUAUACUGAGAAAGUUCAAAAUUAACUAUCUUUUUAUAUUUGAGCUGGAUCCGAACUAUAAAAUAACGCAUAUCUAACUAACCAGAUCAUUUAUGAUUAAACUAGAUUAUUUAUUUGAUGAAGUCCCAGCCAUUUUCACUUUAAUAGCUAUUUGUUUAUUUGUAUUGAUUUGCUUUUUUCCGUUUCACUGCUUCUAUCUAAAAGCAAGAAAGAAUCUACUAUUCGUUCUAAUUAACAUUCUCAUCAGUCCUUUUGGGAUAGUCAGAUUUAAACAUUUCUUCAUGGCAGACAUAAUAACAAGCUUUAUCAAUCCACUAAAAGAUAUGGGCAACGUAGGUUGCUAUUUUGUAAGAGGUCUUUGGGAAGACUCAGAAGAAACAAAUAAUUAAAAUUGCCCUCAUCUUGAAAACUACAAAAUAACUAUUGCUUUCAUUCCGUUUUGGUUUAGACUUAUGUAAUGCUUUAGAAGAUAUCAUGAUACUAAAGUAAGAGCCCAUCUGAUUAAUGGUGGGAAAUAUUUUAGUAGUAUAUUAGUUUAAACUGCUGGUGCUUUCAAUACUAAGUUUGCAACAUCUAAUACCCUAUAUAUACUAAUAAGUAUAUCUAUUUAUUCAACUUGCUAUUCGUUAUACUGGGAUUUCAUUAUGGAUUGGGGUAUGUUUAGGACCAAAGAAAAAGGUAAGAAGUAUCUUCGUAGUAAAUUGUUUUACCCAGUUUGGUUUUAUUACUAUGCUAUGGUCUGCAAUGUUAUUUUGAGAUUUUUCUGGAUUGUACCUCUGAUUCAUGUUGAUAAAAAUGGAUGGCUUUCAAAGUCUCAUAGCAUAACUUUAUUUUUGACUCUAGCUGAAGGAUACAGAAGAGCUCAGUGGGCUUUACUUCGUAUUGAAAAUGAAAAUGUGAACAAUUUCGAGAAAUAUAGAAAUAUCCUUCAGAUUCCUGCUUUUAUCGAUGAUGAUUCAAUUGAAAAAGCACCAAAGACAAGAACUAAGUGA